AUAUGUUUGCAACUUCUUAAAGCUACUGCCCAAAAAACAAAAUGCUUAAAUACAAAUGUGUCUUCUGGAAGAGAAAGUCCAUGCAGCUGUCUCUCAUAGGUUGAUGACCAGUAGUUUCUACCAAUCAUAUUAGAGCAUCCAUACGUACCACGUGAAUCAUAAGACGCCCAAGAUAUUAUCGUCUGUACCGCAGGCUGCAGGCGAAGUCGACCAAACAAGUGCACGUCCCACCCCUUGAUGCGCUGCACGUCUCGCAAGUUCGCCGCCAGUUUCGCAGCGAUUGGCGAUACGCAAGAGGCGUAUAUAUAAGCAUCCCCGUAUGCGCACUAAUCUUAGCCCUCCAUGUAGAAUACUCCACAGCUUUUCCUUGUCCCGCAGGCCACAUUCUUUGGAGUUAGCUGAGCAGCGGAUUUACUAAUGGGGCGGAGGCUGCCGGUGUUGUGCCGCGGCCGGUCGGCGACGCGGGUCAGGAAGCGAGUGCAGCGCCUGAGCUACUGCUCCCCCUCCCCCUCCGCCGCCUCCAAGCUGCCGCCGUCGGUGACCAGCAAGGUAAGGAGUGACGCUGGGGCAGGAAACGGACGCUGUUACGGUGGCGGCAAUGGCGCGUCGAUGGUUGACGUCGUGGGCGGCAAGAAGGACGGCGGCGGGCGGCGGGUGAUGGUGGUCGCUGACGGGCGGGCGGAGGCGGUGGGCGCGCUCGAGUGGGCGCUGUCGCAGACCGUCCGGAGCAAUGACGCCGUCGUCCUCCUCGCCGUCGUCAAACCGGCCCCGGCAGAUGCGGAUGAUUCAUCCUGCGUGAAGAUGUCAAGGACAAGAUGCUAUGAAAACCUUAAUGCCAUGAGGAGCUUGUGCGAGUCGACCAGGCCAGAGGUGAAGGUGGAGGUGUGCGUGACGGAGGCGGAGGAGCGCGCGCCGGCGGUGGUGGACGCCGCGAGGCGGCACGGCGCGUCGCUGCUCGUGCUCGGCCAGCGCCGGCGGGCGGCCACGGCGCGGUGGAUCCUGGGCCUGUGGCCGGCGGCGGAGCGUCGGUGCGGCAGGCGGUGGCAGAGGGGCCUGGUGGAGUACUGCAUCGAGCACGCGCCGUGCGAGGCGCUGGGCGUGCGCCGCCGGAACUCCGGCGGGUACCUCGUCUCCAGCAGGCGCCACAGGGACUUCUGGCUCCUCGCUUAGUUGUUCAAUCCAUCGGUUCAACCGUCGCCGCUGCUGCUAGCAGUUAAAGUAGGAGGGAAUCGAGAGAUUGAAGAAUACUUACAUUUCUAAGGAUAUACGUGAUGGAAUGGAACCAUGCAUUGCUGCUAGCUGAACUAUCGUAUCUCUGUACUGCCUUGAUGGGUUCUGCUCCCACUCUCCUUUGUGAACAAAAUACCCAUUAAGCUAAAUUUAG